AUAAUAUACCAACAGAAUAAAUAAACAACCUGCAUCAAAUGUGAUAGCUUCAACACUGAGAUUGGUGACACGAAAGAUCCGAUCAUGGCUGUGCCUUUUGUUAAAGACUGGGAUGUGGUGCAGACCCUCGGAGAGGGGGCGUAUGGAGAAGUGCGACUGCUGGUCAACAAGAAGACCCAAGAGGCUGUGGCGGUGAAAGUUGUGGACAUGGCAAAAGCCAAGGAUUGUAUCGAGAAUGUGAAGAAGGAGGUUUGCAUAUGCAAGAUGCUUUCACACCCAAAUAUUGUAUGUUUCUUUGGGCACAGGAGUGAGGGGACAACACAGUACAUCUUCCUGGAGUACUGUAACGGACGAGAGCUCUUUGACAGAAUCGAGCCAGACGUUGGGAUGCCAGAAAAGGAGGCGCACAGGUUUUUUCAGCAGCUAAUAGCUGGUGUGGUAAGUGUCAGUUUUGAGAUGAUUUUCUUUGAUUCUGGUGUAUUUGUGAAUGGUUUUCAUUCCAUAGCCACCUUCUUAAUUAAACGGGCACUCAUCGUGGCCGGGAGCGGGCACUCCUCUUUGAUGCACCGGGAGCGGGCAUUGAACCGUCUGUGUGGAACUCUGCCCUAUGUUGCCCCCGAGCUGAUGUCACGCUCAGCAUUCCACGCUCAACCAGCGGACACUUGGGCUUGUGGCAUUGUGCACACUGCAAUGUUAGCUGGAGAGUUACCAUGGGACCAGCCGAGCUCUCACAGAGCACAUCCAUCACUACCUGUGUGUUUUUGCAGUGAUGACAGAGCACAGAUCUCCAGCUCUCAGCCUGAGCCGCAGGGAUUGUGGGAGGAAAAGGAAGUUAAGGUGCACACUGAUGUCAGUGUCAGCUUUUCACAGCCUACCUGUCCUGAUCACAUGCUGCUGGGCAGCCAGCUGCUUGGCACACCGGGUGCCAGCCAGAACCCAUGGCAGCGGUUGGUGAGAAGGAUGACCAGGUUCUUUACUACGGUAAAGGCAGAACCAUCUUGCAUUGCACUCCGUGAUGCCUGUAUUGCUAUGGGUCACACAUGGAAACAGAGCUGCACCAAUCAGGCGACAGUAUCCACAAUGGAUCACCGCAACAACAAGCUGAUCUUCAUAGUGCACUUCCUGGAAAUGGAGGAACGCAUUUUAGUAGAUUUCCGAUUGUCAAAGGGGGACGGUUUGGAAUUCAAGAGGAUAUUCCUGAAACUAAAACAGAAGCUGUCUGACAUUAUUAGUAACCAAAAGGUUUUGCCUUUGAAUUGAUGCAUGUCCACAUUUUUACAUGCAAAGUCUGCUUUCACACAUGCAUACACAGGUACACUAAGUUGUUUUAUGAUUGGGGAACGUGUUUAGAUUUAUAUGUUUGUAGUUGUAUAUGUCUUUUUCUGAUUUGUG